GGCGGGCGCUAUGGCGCUGCCGGUGCUAUCGAGCUCGGGGAUGAAGUUCCGGCGGGUCCUGGCGCACUUCCCUCAGGAGCUCAGCCUGGCCUUCGCCUACGGGUCCGGAGUCUUCCGGCAGGCGGGGGCCUCGGCCGGGCAGGGUGAGAACAAUAUGCUGGACUUUGUGUUUGCUGUUGAUGAUUCUGUGACCUGGCAUAUGAUGAACUUGUUAAAGAACAGGAGCCAUUAUUCGUUCCUCAAAGUUUUGGGGCCAAAACACAUAAGUAGUGUGCAGAGCUAUGGAGCAGGGAUUUACUACAAUACUUUAGUGCCAUGUAAUGGUAGGAUGAUAAAAUAUGGUGUGAUAAGCACUGAUACCCUGAUUGAUGAUUUACUCCACUGGAAAACCCUCUACGUCGCUGGACGCCUCCAGAAACCGGUGAAGAUACUGACCCAGAAUGAGAACAGCAAGCUGCAAGCUGCUCUGGUGAGCAAUCUCAAGUGUGCUGUCACUGCAGCCUUCCUCAUGCUGCCAGAAAGUUUCUCUGAGGAAGACCUCUACAUGCAGAUUGCAGGACUCUCCUAUUCUGGUGACUUCAGAAUGAUAAUAGGAGAAGACAGAUCAAAAGUGCAGAACAUAGUAAAACCUAAUGUUCCCCAUUUUCAGAAGCUGUACAGCAACAUACUACAGGACUGCCCUCAAGUGGUAUAUAAACACCAUCUGGGGAGGAUGGAGAUUGACAAAAGCCCAGAAGGUCAGUUUGCCCAACUAAUGGCUUUGCCAAGGACUCUGCAACAGAAGAUAACUUCUCUGGUAGAUCCUCCUGGAAAAAAUAGAGACGUGGAAGAAAUUUUAAUGCAAGUUGCCCAUGACCCUGACUGUGGAUUUGUGGUGCAUCAAGGCAUUUCGGGAAUUGUGAGAGCUUCCAGUAUAGUGCAGAGUGCUAAAACUAUACUAACAGCUGGAGCAAAAAAAUCUGUAACUUACAGUAUGAAGAAAUUAUAUAAAAUGACAAAAGGAUGGUUAAGGAAAACAUCUUGAGUCUUGACAUACUGUGUAUGGGUAAAUAAAUGGUACUUUUUCUCUAAAUAUCUUGCAGAUGUUGCUUUUUCUACUUGAGAAGAUUGAAGUAUAUUUAAGAAGUCUGUUCUAAUAAUUUAUAUGCCUGAUUUUACUACUAAAAAAGGAACUUUGUUAGCAGGGGAAGGUUUGAUGGUAAAUAGGACAAAGGAAUUAUACUCUGUAAAUACUGAAAUUAAUUUUCCUGUAUAAUAUAACUGAGAUUUUCAGAAACCCUGCAUAAAAAGAAUUGUUUGUAUAUAUGAAUUAAAAACCAAAGCCACUCACUUUCUAUGUAUUGCUGGCUUGAUUUUUCCAGUGUGCCCUCAGAGGUCUGUCCCACCACAGGCUCUUCCAAAAUAUUCCCUCUCCCAAUUAUAGUUCUCUCAGGGACGUGUGGAACUGGAGUGCAUUGAGCUUUAAGUAGAUACAAAGCUGCCCUCUUCAAAUAUUAUUGUACUAUUUCUGUGCUUACAAGUUCAUCCUCAGAAUUCUCCUGAGGUUGCUUACUGGGUGUUUCUGCAGGGCAGACUUUGUGGAAGGGAAUUUUGUGACGUUCUGACUCCAAAAGCUGUGACACUGACUUUCAGUCUAGGCAGGAGUGUCUGAAAUGGGCACUUUUGUCAGCAAUCAGAUCCUUUUGUAACAGUUUUAUGUUUCCUUCCUGAGACUGAGGUGGCAGUUGCUCAGCUGAUGGUUAAACAUUGUCAGGAGUGUCAUAACUGGAAAGGCUGUCAUGGACCUGCAGGACCUACUCUGCAGAUUUAUGAAAUGUAUGCAAAGAUUUUAAGUGCUUUAAAGCUGAGGAUUUUACCAACAAAAGUACCUAUUGUUUCAUUCUUUGAUUAUUGUUUUUAUCCUGUCCACAAAGAUAAAGCUUGUUCUCCCUUGCUUAAUUAAAUUAGGUAAUGAAAAUUGGACUUUUACACAGCAUGUUACAUUAAUCAUGCCAUUAAAGAAUGGACAUUUCUGGCAAUAUUCACAUGUGACACAAUAGAUUUGGAGCAUCUGUUGUAAAUAGAAUACUUUUUGCACCAAGUCAGGUGGGUUUGCUGAUUUUGGGUAUUUUUCUUAAUAGAAAUGAAUAGAACAUUCUAUUUGUGAGAGUGUCAAUGAUAAAAAUAAUUUAAGGGUGAGAAAUGGAAAUAAAAUGUUUUUUUCCU